AGCUGUGCGUGGAUCGACACUAGAAAUGUCCUGCUUUGUUGAAAGCAUGGAGGAGUUUAACAUCACCUGGUACAAGGACGGGUCUGCGUUCAUCCCGUCCCUCUCCGACCUGUAUCACCUCACGGACGGGGGUCAGACUCUGCACGUGCUGCGUGCGGACGAGGACCACGACGGCAACUACACCUGCCGCGCCGCUAACGAGGCCGGCACCGACUCCCAGACAUUCACCGUCAAUGUUCUGACCCCGGCGCGAGCGGACCCGAGCGCAGAGGCGGAGGCCGACCCGGACGGCACGUUCCUAGUGGAGGUCCCGAACGACUCGGAACUACAGCUCGAGUGUCACGCGUCCGGCAACCCGGAGCCGGCCCUGUUCUGGACCCGCGACGGAGAGGCAGUGAAGAAGGUGGCGCACGCCGCCAGCGACUCCACCCUCCAGCUGGGCUUCGUCCAGCCGACCGACAGCGGCCAGUACCGCUGCGACGUCAGCAACGGCGUCGGCAACGACAGCAUCGUCUACACGGUGCUCGUGUACUCGCUGCCGAAGCUGAGGCGGGAGCUCGAGUAUUCUGUCAAGGCCCGUCUAAAGGCCAACGCCACCAUGGUCUGCGAUGUUGAUGGCCACCCCGCCCCCCUGGUCACCUGGUACAAGGACGGGGAAAAGCUGGAGCCGGAAGUGGCCAAGAUGACGAUGGACGGAAACACGCUGACGGUGCGCGACGUGGAGCUAUCGGACGCGGGCAAUUACUCGUGUUUCGCAGUCAACUCGGCUGGUCUGCUCGUGGUGCCCUUCGGUCUGCAGAUCUUCGAGCCGCCGCGCGUCACGCUGGCCGAGCGGGCCGUGGCGACCGAGGGUCACGACCUGGUGCUGGAGUGCACGGUCACGGGUCAGCCGCCGCCGGGCAUCACGUGGUACCGGCUCGGCCAGGAGGUGACGGCCGAGGGUCUGGUGCGCGCUCGCGGCGGCCGCCUGACCGUGCAGAGCUUCACGCACUUCGACCGCGGCGAGUACGAGUGCUUCGCCAAGAGCCCCGCCGGCACCGACAGGGCUGUCAUCGACGUCGAUUUCAUCGAGGUGCCGAAACUCGAGAUCUUCGGCGCCGCGGAGGAAAUGAUGGAGAUUCCAGUGGGAGUCCCGAUCCAGCUCGACUGUCCGGUUGACACGGAUUUCUUGGGAGAGUACGCGGUGGAGUGGCUGCACGGCUCGGAGCCCCUGCAGGGGGCCGCGUACGUGGUGGACGACCUGCAGCUGGAGCUGACGUACCCGGUGCCGAGCGACGCCGGCGACAUCACCUGCGUUGUCGAAAACCAGGCCGGCUCCGUCCAGUACCUGUUCAAGCUCGACGUUGUCUACCCUCCUCGGCUGACGGCCUCCGCGGACGAGCUGGCACGGCCCGUCCAGGUGGAGGAGGGCCUGCCCGUCUCUCUGCUCUGCCAGGUGGAGGGCAAUCCGCCGCCCACCGUCGUCUGGUUCAACCAGUCGCGGCCGAUCGUCGCUGAGACCGGCCGCAUUAAGUUCCCGUCCGCCCGCGAGCUUCUGUUGGAAGAGGUGCGCCGCUCGGACGCCGAGCAGCUCUCCUGCCUGGCCAGGAACGCGCUCGGCAACGCCACUCAGGCGUUCUCGCUGGACGUGCUCACGUGGCCGGCCGUGGCCGUGCCCGCCCAGGUGGAGGUGCAGGCGGGCGAGCAGGCGCGCCUACCCUGCGCCAUCGACGGUAACCCCCAGCCCACUCGCGUCUGGUACACGGGCGACGACGCGAUCGCGCUGCCUCCUGGUGCCAUAUCCGGUAACUACGCCCACGUGGCCGACACCGGCGAGCUGCUGGUGGCCGCCGCCUCGCUGGAUGACCUCGGCGUGUACACCUGCGUCGCCUCGAGCUUCGUUGGCUCGGCCCGGGGACGGUCGGCUCUCAAAGUCCUCGUGGCCCCGUUCAUAGAGGGAGCCUCGGAGGAGCCCGAGGACGUGCUGGCCCGGGAGGGUAGCUCUGUGACCUUCCGCUGCCCUGUGUCCGGCCACCCGCCGCCCACCAUCACCUGGUACAAGGACGAGGACGUGCUCCGGGAGCCGGACACGCUCGCCGACGGCGGCCAGGCGCUGACGCUGCGUCGUCUGACGGCCGCCGCCGCCGGGCAGUACGUCUGCGUGGCGGCCAGCCGGGCCGGCACGGCGCGCAAGCUCUUCAGUCUGCGGGUGAACGAGGCGCCGCAGACGCAGACGGCCACUGAGGACGUGGACGUGGACGUGGACGCGUCAGUGACGUUGACCUGCCCGUCGGCCGGUCCGUUGGUGUUCAGCACGGUGUGGCUGCGACACGGCCGGCCGGCCGGCCGCCGCCCCCAGCUAGUCCUCGGCAAAGUGCAGAAAAAGGAUGGUGGGAAGUACCAGUGUGUAUCUUCGAGCAUGGCCCGUUCCCGAGUGACCAAAUAUAACGUCAGAGUUAAGGCGCCGCCGCGGCUGAUCGCGGACGCUCCGCCGGCCUCGGCGGUGCGGCCCCGGCUGGGCUACCCGCUGCGGCUGACCUGUCCAAUCGAGGGCGUCGCUCAGGUGCGCUGGCUGCGCGACGGCCAACUCCUCUCGGACCCCUUCCGGAUCGUGUCCACCAUGAACGGCCGUCUGCUCUUCCUGCUCAGCGUGACAGAGGCUGACUCAGGCCAGUACUCGUGCGAGGCUCGCAACAGCGCCGGCCGCGCCAGCCACCAGUUCGACGUGCAGGUCGUGGUGCCGCCCUACUUCGAGACGCCCGGGCCGGAUCGGGUCAAGGCCAAGGUCGGCGAUGAGCUGACCUUGACCUGUGACGUCAUCGGUCAGCCACAGCCCAACAUUACCUGGUUCAAGGAUUCCUCCGUGAUUUCUCGAAAGCACAAGUUAGAUAUCAGCCCAGUAGAUGUCAGCGCAGACGGCUUAUACACAUGCGAGGCGGCAAACGAGGCGGGCAGGGCAGAGCACAACGUGGUCGUGGAUGUCAUCGAGGCGCCUUCCAUUGAAGGAAAACCGGCAGAGACGGUCCGGGUGCCUCUCGGAGGUAGCACCCUUCUGCCGUGCUCCACAAAAACCCUCCUGCCGUCGAUCAGCUGGCUCAAGUCUGGCGAGCCGGUCAGCCUGGCUUCGCCGCGCCUGCGCCUGACGCCUGAGGGACUCCAGCUGACGCGGGCCCUCACCGCGGACCGCGGCAAGUACCGCUGCGUCGUCGAGAACGAGGCCGGACGUGCCGAGCGCUUCGUCCGACUGGUCGUGUCCGCUCCAGUCCAGAGGGAGGAGAAGUCGUUGUACCUUGUCGUCGGCGAGCAGAUGGCGCUGUCCUGCCCGGAGCUCGACCCCUCCGAUGGCCCCUUGGAGGAGGUUAAGUGGACGGUUAAAACACAAGCCGGCAAAAAGGCGCAGCCAGGUACCGGUGCGAUUCUGAAGGUGGCACGAGUCAAGCUCAGCCAUGCGGGACGGUAUGCCUGUCAGGUCACCUCCGCGUCAGGCGACGUCAAGGCCACCGUUUGGAAGGUUCAUGUCAGGGACAGCAUAGACAUGUUCCUAGAGCCGGCCGGCACGGUGACGUCAUCAGAGGGUGAUCAGCUGACGCUGACAUGUCAGACGGACAGCGGAGCCGGCGUGCAACUCGUCUGGUUCAGGAACGACACCCAGCUGGACGUGCGCUCCGCCAAAUACGCCAACUCUGCCGGCAGAACCAAGGGCUCGGUGGUGGUCAGCAGCCUGGUGAUCGAUGACGUCACCGAGUCGGACAUGGGCCAAUACGUGUGCCGGGCGCUGGCCGGUGACGUCACAGAGGAGCAACCCGUCCAGGUGCUGGUCACCGGCUCGCCGCAGAUCAGCUCCAGCUCGCCGCCGGAGCUGACGCUCACGCCCGGCCAGCGACUGGAGCUGCACUGCGACGCCAGCGGCCGGCCGCCGCCGGUGCUGCGCUGGUUCCGCGGCCAGACCGCUCUGGAGAAGGACGCCGAGCGCGUCACCAUCGGUAACGGCACGCUCAGCGUAGAGCCGUUCCAGUUGGAGGAUGCCGGGGAGUACAUGUGCGUGGCCGUCAGCGCCAUCGGCAAGGACGCCAAGCUGUUCAACAUUGAGGCCCAGAUGGUGCCCACGUUCACCGAGACGCCCAAUGACGUGGUCGUCCCCAAAAUGGGAAACUUCACUCUGCAGUGCGCUGCGCUCGGCGCGCCGCCGCCGCUGCUCAGCUGGCUGCACGACGGUCGACCCGUGGGCACGCCGAGGCCGGAGCUGAACCCGCUGAGCGUACACCUGGCCAGCCAGGAGGACGGUGGCACCUACACCUGCCGGGCGGCCAGCACCGCCGGCGAACGACGCGCCUCCGCCGCCGUCACCGUCUUCCAGCGGCUCGGUCCUCCGAAGCUGGAGAAGAUGCCGGAAGAGCUGCGUCUGCGGGCCGGCACCCGUGGCGAGCUGAGCUGUCGCACAACCACCACCGACUCCACCGCCGUAAUCCGGUGGCAGAAGAACAGCCAGGAUUUCAGCGGGGACAGCAACACCUCUGUGGAGGAUGACGGACAGCUGCUGGUGUUCGCGAACCCCGAGGCGUCGGACGCCGGCCGCUACCGUUGUGUGGCCACUAACGCCGUGUCGCACGUGGUCUCCCCCCACGUCAAGGUGGUGGUGGAGCGCGAGCCGCACAUCAUAGAGCGACCCCAGCCAGAGAUUGCCGUGCCGUCCGGCUCGCCGCUGACGCUGCCGUGCGUGGCCACCGGCUGGCCGCGGCCCGACGUGCUGUGGGAGCGCGAGGGCCGGCCUCUCUCGCGCUCCGAGAGGCGCCUGCAGCUGGCCGACGGCAGUCUGAUGCUGGCCGCCUGUGGACGCCAGUCUGGCCGGCACCUACACCUGCAUCGCCAAGAGUGUGCUCGGCACCGACAUCGCCCAUGUCCGGCUCAGCGUCGAAGAGCCGGCGCCGCCGACGUCACCCGCCUUCGUGCCGGGCCCACCUCGGCUGCGGGAGGAGGCCGGCCGGCCGGUCACGCUCUGCCGGCUGACCGGUCACCAGCCGGCGCACCACCUGCUCCGGCUGACCCGGGACGGCGUCUCGAUGCCGGUGGCCGACCUUCUGACGACCGGGCCGGACGGCGAGAUGGCCGUCACGCUGCCAGCGGUGGCCGAGCGACACGCGGGGCGCUACAUCUGCUCCCUCAUCGACCACCGCAACGGGGAUAUGUGGAAGCAUCAGGUGGAGCUGGAGGUGGACAGUGGCUGGGGACGCUGGAGCGAGUGUUCGGUCACUUGCGGCGCGGGCGUUCGCGUUCGCAACAGGGACUGCGACCGCUUCACACCAUGCCAGCAGCCGACGCCGUGUGUGCUGCCGGCCUGCACCACCGGCCUCCGCGCGGCCGUGGGCUCCGUCCAGGGUGAAGUCAACUCGGUGCCCGUCACCUCCGGUCUGGUCACGACCAAGGUCACCGGGGACCCGGACCUGGGACGGCUCGAGAGUCUCAUCACCGGCAUCCAGGAGGAAGUGACCCCGGGCCUAGGUACCGCUGCUGCCCCUGCUCACGCCGGUGCCCUGGCUGACGGCACGUGAGACGGACGACGCCCAGAACGGUCUGGAGCUGACCGGCGGCUUCUUCCGCAAGCAGAGCGAUAUCAUGUUCCCCACC